GAGUGAGUCGGAGCUCGGCCUCUCCCCAGCACGUUCUCAGCAGCUCCAGGUUCAGACCCGGCGAGGGAGCCGCGAGCGAGGCUCACUGUCCCCGGCGGGCAGGACUCCGGGGCUGCUGAGCGCUCCCGCGUGUCGGGCGCCCGGAGUCCCCGCGGCCGGAGGGAGUCAGGACUCCAGAGCUCCAGGGGAGCCGGUGGGCUUCAGCGCCUCUGGCUUCCCGCGUCCCCUCAGCGAAAGCCCCAGUGACGUGCUCAGCCCCGGGACCGCCGCCGAACCAGAUCCAAACUGAGAACCUGCUGCAGCUACCACAAUGGGCAGCAAAACCUUGCCAGCGCCAGUGCCCAUCCACCCAUCCCUGCAGCUCACCAACUAUUCCUUCCUUCAGGCUGUGAACGGCCUGCCCACAGUGCCCUCGGACCACCUGCCCAACCUGUAUGGCUUCAGUGCGUUGCAUGCUGUGCACCUGCACCAGUGGACGCUGGGCUACCCGGCCAUGCACUUGCCGCGCUCCUCUUUCUCCAAAGUGCCGGGUGCCGUGUCCAGCCUGGUGGACGCGCGCUUCCAGCUGCCGGCCUUUCCCUGGUUCCCUCACGUCAUCCAUCCCAAGCCAGAGAUCACCGCUGGAGGCAGCGGUCCCGCGCUUAAGACCAAACCGCGCUUUGAUUUCGCCAAUCUGGCCUUGGCUGCCACGCAAGAAGAUCCGUCCAAACUUGGCCGCGGGGAGGGCCCCUGUUCCCCCACGGGUGGGCUGGGCGCCCUCCUGGAUGUGACCAAGCUGUCCCCAGAAAAGAAGCCCACGAGGGGACGUCUGCCUUCCAAGACCAAGAAGGAGUUCGUCUGCAAGUUCUGUGGCCGCCACUUCACCAAGUCCUACAACUUACUGAUCCAUGAGCGGACGCACACUGACGAGCGGCCCUACACCUGUGACAUCUGCCACAAAGCCUUCCGGAGGCAAGACCACCUACGGGACCACAGAUAUAUUCACUCCAAAGAGAAGCCUUUCAAGUGUCAAGAGUGCGGGAAAGGAUUCUGCCAGUCCAGGACUCUGGCUGUCCACAAGACGCUACACACACAGGUGAAGGAGCUCAAAACCUCCAAGAUUAAAUGCUAGAGUCUCUGGGUCACCAGGACCCUGGGCCUGAAGGCGGGCCAGAAGGACCUCCUCCAAAGGGAUGGAAGCCUGAAGGCGACUCUGGCGGACAGCAGGAGAGGCGCUCGGGGACCUUCCCCUACCCCAACAUUGUCCCCUGGGUCCCUGGCGCACGCGGCACUCCGCAACCCAGCCUGGGGCCGUGACCCCGACCGCCCGAGCGGCUCCCCCAGGACGCGGCUAAACUCUUGGCCAAAAGGCGGUACUCACGUGGCACAGGGGAAACUGCAUUAAAAAAAGAAAGAAAGCUCCGCGGAGCCGCAGAGGCGCCUCUCCCAGAAGUAUUACUUUUUCUAUGGUUAUUUUGUAUGUUUUCUUUAUUAUUUUUUCCUUUGACCAUAUAAGCUUGUAACUCUGACUGCGGAAAGAGAGGGGAGAGGAAAAGAAGUUCUGCUCCCUGGCAGCUUCCAACCCUUCCUCCCGUCCUCCCCGCCCCGGGAGCCUGCAAAAGUGUAAUCCUUGUAUCUGCUUCAGCCGCCCGGCCCCGGGACAUCGGACCGGGAGCGUCCUCUCCCAGCUCGCGUCGCGCAGCGGCCAUGGGCUCCCGGACUCGGACGGCAGGGCAGGGACCUCGGCCUUGGGGACAGAAGGGGGCCCUGUUCUCGGCUCCCCUGCUCCGCAGCCGCGACCCCGCGAGGGAGCCACCGGCCAGGAGCCGGGCGUUGUAUUGCGAUUGGCACUUUAUGCUGACCAUCGGUAACGGACAUUUGUCACUGGAGAUUUCUUUUUUAACUAUUAAAUAAACGGUUAUUUUACAGGCA